CUAUUCUAUUAGAAUAGAACUCUCACCUUUCAUUCACAACUCUUACGUUUUCUUUUAUUUCUCUCAUUUAUUAUCCAAUUCUAGGGUUUGCUUUCGUCAAAUCGAAUCAGUUGAGUAUGUCUACUUCAAAGAACAUUGUGUUGAAGAGUUCUGAUGGCGAGACUUUUGAGGUUGAAGAAUCUGUGGCUUUGGAAUCUCAGACAAUUAAGCAUAUGAUUGAGGAUGAUUGCGCCAACACGAGUAUUCCCCUUCCUAAUGUUACCAGUAAGAUCUUGGCUAAGGUGAUUGAGUACUGUAAGCGCCACGUGGAUGCUGCUGCUAAGACCGAUGAUAAAGCCGCUGAGGAUGAUUUGAAGAGCUUUGACGCUGAUUUCGUUAAAGUUGACCAGGGCACUCUCUUUGAUCUUAUUCUGGCUGCUAACUACUUGAACAUUAAGAGCCUGCUCGACCUCACCUGUCAGACCGUGGCGGAUAUGAUCAAAGGGAAGACUCCAGAGGAGAUCCGCAAGACCUUCAACAUCAAGAAUGACUUUACGCCCGAGGAAGAGGAGGAGGUUAGGAGGGAGAAUGCUUGGGCUUUUGAGUGAAAGCUGAUAUUCUUAAGUGCUGGUGAUAAGAGUUUGCAAUAUAUGUUAGUAGAUGCUUUAAACUAUCUUUUAUAUUAGUAGUAAAUAUGUUCUUAAUGUUUGCUUUGGAACCUUCAGACUAUGAUGUUCUUCCUAACUUCUACUUUGGAAUCUUCGACUUCGUUCUUCAAUGAA